AUGGAAGCGUCUGACAUUGAACCUAGCGUUGGAAAGUUCAUACAUAGCCAGUAUGGUAUAAGACCCUUAACAAAGCUGGCUGCCGCUGCACCGAAGAACAGCAUGAAAAAUAAACCUUCCUCUGAUGAUCCAUAUGCAGUGGGGUCUGAGGCAGAGCAACUUGUGCCUCUCCAGCUGAAGCCUGAAGGUGAGCUGUUCACCUGCUGUGAUGGCACAGAAGAUAUCAGCCAGAGCUCCUCCAAUGACACACCUGCGCCAAAGAGACCCGUCUGCCAACCCUGCAGUCCUGAUGAACAUGGGGACACCACCACAGAACAAGACAGCUCCAAUGAGGAGGAGGUUGUUUCCAAAGAGAAGGCUGAAGAGUUAAGUGAAGAGGAGACGUCUUAUGAAGAGGUAUUUGAGACUGAUGAGGGAGAGAUGGAGGAAGAACUUCUCGAGGUUGUGAGAGGGGGAGAGAGCUCAGAGGAGGAGGAUGUAGAGGCUGACAUGGAUGUUGAGGAAUCUGUGGAAGUGGAGGUUCAUCAGAUUGAGGAGGAGGUUCAUCAGACUGAGGUUGAAGAGGAGGUUCAUCAAACUGAGGGUGAGGUUGAGGAGGAAGAGGAGGUUCAUCAUACUGAGGAUGAGGUUGAGGAGGAAGAGGAGGUUCAUCAGAUUGAGGAGGAGGUUCAUCAGACUGAGGUUGAAGAUGAGGUUCAUCAAACUGAGGGUGAGGUUGAGGAGGAAGAGGAGGUUCAUCAAACUGAGGGUGAGGUUGAGGAGGAAGAGGAGGUUCAUCAGACUGAGGAUGAGGUUGAGGAGGAAGAGGAGGUUCAUCAGACUGAGGAUGAG